UUAUUUUCUCCUCCUCCCUGGAAUCCCUCCAUUAAACCCAGCAUGUCUUUAGCUACGGCAAUCUUCCUCCUCUUCCUUCUACUUUGCGUCCACCCUCAUCCAACAGUCUCUGCAGACGAGGAAGAGACUCACAUCCACUUCUACUUCCACGAUGUCGUAAGCGGGUUCACUCCCACCGCCAUCCGUGUAGCGCAGGCCCCCACCACCACAUUUUCCACCACCGGUUUCGGAGCGGUUGUGAUGAUAGACGAUCCCCUCACCGAAGGCCCCGACAGAAGUUCCAAGCUGCUCGGACACGCACAGGGAAUGUACGCACUUGCCUCACAGGAGGAGGCCGGACUUCUUAUGGCCAUGAACCUCGCCUUCGUCGACGGAGACUUCAAUGGAAGCACACUUACCGUGCUCGGCCGGAAUACCGUCUUUUCCGAUGUGAGAGAGAUGCCAGUGGUAGGUGGCAGUGGUAAGUUUCGCUAUGCUAGGGGAUACGCACUUGCUCGAACGCACAAGUUUGACCUCCUCACGGGUGACGCUAUCGUCGAGUAUGACGUCUAUGUUCGCCAUGAGUGAAUGGGAUACUACAUUCUUCUACCUAUUUAUCUAUAUUUAUAUACGUAUGUAACGUAUGUUCAUACAG